AAAAACAAAACAAACCCGAGAGAGCUGUUAAACCGUGUGUACUCCAAUUGGAAAGGGAAAUAUCUUUUUAAUCAACAGUUUAACUCAAACACGGACAUCUGGCAACGGGAGUGACGUAUGCACGGGAGUCUUAAAAGAUUUGGAUACAUGCAAAGCUCAGUGUCCUUUCAUCAGCAAUGUCUGAGACCUAAGGCAUACGGAGAAACACAACAAACACCAGAAAAGACGCUUUUUGCCCUUUCUUCACAGCCUUGAAGGCUGCACCCCCCCAGAACUUUGUGGUCAUCUCCCCCUGCAGUGUUUUAUUGUGCUGAUCAACUCAGAGCAGGGGGACUGGACAGGAGACCCAGAGGUUCCCGCCGCUGCUCUAAGCUGUGCCUGGCAAUGCCUCAGGUAAGAGCCCAGCGUCAGUGGGAUGGAGCCUCCCUUUGGGGACGCCUUUCAGAACUACUCAUUCGCUGACCAGGCCCUAACCAGCACCGAGUUGCUGGCCACCAGCUCUGACCCAGAUUUCAUGUACGAGCUGGACACAGACAUGAGCCACCAGCAGAGUCCCUGUGGGGACAGCGUGGUGGGCAUUGGAGAUGGAGGCAAAGAAGUGGAGGGAGGAGUGGAUCAGCUCAUGGGGCUGGUGGAGUGUGAAGCGGUGCACAGCACCUCAGCUUUCGAACAGUGGGACUCGUACUGGGAAGACCUCACCAGAUACACACGACUGGCCAGCUGUGACAUCUGGGGAACCAAAGAGGUAGACUUCCUUGGCCUGGAUGACUUCUCCAGUCCCUACCAGGAUGAGGAGGUGAUCAGUCGAACCCCGACGCUGGCUCAGCUCAACAGCGAGGAUUCACUGCCCGUCUGUGAGACUCUCUACCCUCCCGCUGACCUCACGCUUCCCUGCUCCCAGCCUCCAUCCCAGCUGACCCCCUCUCAAAACAAAAGACUCCAAGGCCCGGGUGCCAGCUUGGUGCGACCUUCCCCGUGCUCCACAUCCUCUUCCCAAUCCCGUCCUUCCAGAAGCCUUUUCGCAGACUUUCCUGAAAGCUCCCAAAAAGCAACCAGACCCGUUCCUUCCAGCACUGAGACUAUGGCUAAAACCCAGAACCAGCUCAGCCUCAUCCAGGACCACACCCAGACUCAGCCCAAGUCUCUGGGACGAGGGGCUAAGAUGGCUGGUCCCACAUCUCACAGCGCUGACUUUGUGCGGAAAGCCAAAGUACGUGUGAGUUCUGGACCCAGAGCUCAAAGCGAGGCGAUCCCCCAGACAGAUUUCACGGGCUCAGAUGCGCCCCUCCCUCUUUCCCAGCCUCAAGACGAGAAGCCCUCCACUUCAGCAAGUGCCACCUUGGUGGGCCGUCCCACCCCCACAGCCAGCAGCUCAGCUAGCUUGGCAAGCCUCGAGAGGAAAGCCGAGGGGGUUUUACGGAGGGAGACACCUGUAGGAAGGUCGUCUGCUGUGCCUCCGCUGGUUGAUGCGAAGCAGACUCUGUGUGGCCCGUCUGACGCUGCAGCAUGCAGUGCCGGCAGCGGCGCGGCUUUGGUCAUGGAAGACCCGGAACAGAGCAAGGAGGAGGAACACAACUACUCUCUGUUCCUGACCCGCAGCAGAGCUCACUCGCAGUUGGAGGAAGACGAAGAGGAGGAAGAUGACGAGGAGGCAGAGGAGGACGAGGGCGACGGGCUCGACUUAGACGACGAAGACCACGAUGAGGGUUUCGGCAGCGAGCAUGAGCUUUCAGAGAAUGAGGAGGAAGAGGAGGAGGAGGAAGAGGAAGAAGAGGACGAAGACUAUGAGGCAGAUAAGGAUGAUGACAUGAGCGACGCCUUCUCCGAGCCAGGCUAUGAUAUGGAGCUGAUGGAGGACAUCAAAGGGCUGACAGCUGGAGUCUCCAGCCGUAAAAGAGGCAAGCGUCGUUAUUUCUGGGAGUACAGCGAGCAGCUCACCCCCUCCAAACAGGAACGGAUGCUGAAGCCCUCUGAGUGGGACAGACACACGCUGCCGAGCAACAUGUACCAGAAGAACGGGCCUCUCCACGGGAAAUAUAUGCUAAAGAAGUCCCGGCGCACAGAUGUGGAAGACCUAACUCCCAACCCUCGCAAGCUGCUGCAGAUCGGCACAGAGCUUCGCAAGUUGAACAAGGUGAUCAGCGACCUGACCCCGGUCAGCGAGCUGCCGCUGACAGCACGGCCGCGGUCUCGAAAGGAAAAGAACAAGCUGGCGUCCAGGGCCUGCCGUUUAAAAAAGAAAGCUCAGUAUGAAGCAAACAAGGUGAAGCUCUGGGGACUCAGUACGGAGUACGAUCGGCUUCUGUUUGUGAUCAACGCCAUUAAGGAGGAAAUAAUGCUGAGAGUUGAGGACUCAUCUCCGCGCCCCACCAACAUGACGGAGACUCUGGAGCGGCUCAUCGAGGAGACGCUUGUGCCAUCACCUGUUGCCGGGCAGACUUCAGACUUUGUCAACAAGAUCUUGGAGAACACAGGACGCGGUGACCCCACCGGAGGACUGGUCGGCCUGCGAGUCCCCACCUCUAAAAUGUAGACAAUCCCUCCGUCCACCGAGCAGAGUGGACGACAUAUUACCACCGUGCUGUCCGUUGUAACUAUUCUCCCCUCUCUGCAUGCCCCUACAGCUCAGAGUAAACUCUCAUCGCCAAUCACUCAAACACACAUACCACCUCCCCCGUGCGUAGGUACGUGUGCUUGUUUUUGUCGUGCAGCUGUAUGCCAAGAACCCUGGCUUUUUCCGUCUCUGCACGCUGCGUGCUUCGUCAGUGCAUCACUGUCUCCCCGACCAUGGUGACCAGCUGUUGGGAGAAGCACAUCCACAAGCAAGUGAUGGUUAGAUGUAUCUGUAUAACAGCACCUUCCUUAAAUCCACUGGUGGUUGCUAGAUUGGCAUGACGUAGGGACUCAGGCUGCCGCUCAUAUGAGCAUAACCACUGGAAGACUUUGUUUGAGGUGGUAAUAAAGACAGAGGGAAUGUUGUUACAUGCCAGAAACAAUCACUGAUUGAAGAAGCAUAAGUUGUCAUUUAUAUAAGGAGCUUUAUCCCCCCAAAAAAGUUCCAGGAUGUUAAAUUGACCCCUUCACUGAAGCACUUUUACAAAGAUGGCUCUGAUGGCUGAGAAAGCUGCAGGGCUGGAGGAAAAAAAAAAAAAAAAAAGCUGAGUGGCAGGAAAUAUUUGUACUGAAGGCCCAAAUAAAUUCCCGCCAUCAUCCCCUGUUUGCCAAUCAGCUCAGCUGCUUGUAAAAAAAAACAGGUAUAACGUUAACGCAAGAUGUAAAAAAAA